AUGGGUGGAAACACUUCCAACUUGACAAAACACUUGAAGGAAAAGCACCCAGACCUGCACAAGGAGUUCAGAGAACGACAGGGCCCUGGUCCCACUGGCAAACAGGAAGUGGGAGAUUCCAACUCCAUUUGUAGAGAGGGGAAUCUGGAGUAUGACAAAACCUGGUGGAGGCAGGAGGCGUCGACAACCCAGCAUCACCUGAAGAACUGGAAGGUGUUGUUAUGGGUGGUGGCAUCGUUGCUGACACUGGUGGAAGAUGUGUUUUCUGAGGACAGUAAAGAGGCUCAGUCGGACAUCCAGCGUGUCCUCGGGCAGCCCUCCUUGUCUCCUGGAGAGGACCUGGGACAGGACAGCAUUGCCCACAUUCCCUGGCCUGAUGCCUUUGAAGAAUUGUCACUAUUGCAGGAAGAGGAAAUUCACAAGGACAGAUGGCGGCGCUCCCCCCGUGAACCAAACUCUCUCAGAACAUCAAGGAGGAACCGAAAGAAGACCAAAAGCAGCCAUGACUGCCAUUUGGAGAGGAAGGAGAUGCGGGUCCGGGAUCUUGGCCUUGGUUAUGACUCAGAUGAGAUAAUCCUCUUUAAAUACUGUGUUGGCACAUGCCACAGCUCCCGCAGGAACUAUGACCUGGCUCUCAAGACCCUGUUGGACAAUGGGAGCAUUUCCGGAAAAAAGGUCAGCGGUCACCCCUGCUGUCGGCCUACCCGCUAUGAGACAGUGUCCUUUAUGGACACCCAGACUACAUGGCAGACAAUUAAGUGGCUCUCUGCAGCCAACUGCAGCUGUGUGGGCUAA